CAGCACUCCUCAGGAGUUUGAGGAGGAGUUUGUGGAGGAGCAAAAUAAUGCUGCAGAUGUGCCCCAGUUGCGGCGUUACUUUGAAAACCAAGGGACAACCAACUUCUCUCUGAGGCUGGCCGGUAUCAGACGUGCUAUGGAGGCUCUGACAUCCUCAGACAGUACCUCCCUCAAUUACCUCACCCACGCUGGGAGGAUGGUGUUGAGUGGACUAUCCGAGCUCAACCAGCAGGAUGUGAGGCAGUUUCAGCAGGCCUACGACCUACUGGUGAACUUCAUUAAUGAGCCAGCAAACAGGGAGCAACUAGAGCAGGAGAUGGCUCUCGUAGGAAUCGACCGCAUCAACUUCGCAGAUGUUUUUUAUGAAUUCGUUCUACUAAUCCUUCUAGAAGGAAAGACAUUUCUUCCUAUAUCUGUAAAAGCCUGGUAG